CCUGGAGAAGAGCUCUCUUCCGAUUGGCUAGGCCCGUGCGGUAGGCGGGGGCUGGCGUGGGAGGUGAGUGACCGGCGGGCAAGAUGGCGGCGGCCGGGCUGAGGGCGAUGGUGGGAGUGAAGCGGGUCAUUGACUACGCCGUGAAGGUGCGGGUGAAGCCGGACAAGACGGGGGUGGUGACAGAUGGGGUCAAGCACUCCAUGAACCCCUUCUGCGAGAUUGCCGUGGAAGAGGCCGUGCGCCUUAAAGAGAAGAAGAUUGUCUCGGAGGUGGUUGCGGUCAGCUGUGGUCCACAGCAGUGCCAGGAGACAAUCCGCACAGCCCUUGCCAUGGGGGCCGACCGGGGUCUGCACGUGGAGAUCCCUGCAAAGGACUACGAGAGCCUCGGCCCCUUCCAGGUGUCAAAGAUCUUGGCUGCGCUGGCCAAAAAAGAAGGAGUCAACCUUUUGCUGCUGGGAAAGCAGGCCAUUGACGAUGACUGUAACCAGACAGGGCAGAUGACAGCAGCGUUCCUUGACUGGCCUCAGGGGACGUUUGCCUCCGAAGUGACCGUCGACGGGGACUGGCUGAAGGUUGAGCGUGAGGUUGACGGGGGUCUGGAGACGGUGCGUUUGAAGCUACCGGCUGUGGUGACCACUGACCUACGUCUGAAUGAGCCACGCUACGCCACUCUGCCCAAUAUCAUGAAAGCCAAAAAGAAGAAGAUUGAGGUAGUGAAGCCGGCUGACCUGGGUGUUGACCUUACCCCGCGGGUGAAGACGUUGAGUGUGGAGGACCCUCCCCAGCGCCAGGCGGGGGUCAAGGUGGAGACAGUGGAUGAUCUGGUUGCCAAACUGAAAGAGAGCGGACGGAUCUGAGCCCCGAGACAGUUCUGCCUUUCCCGGAGCUGUUGCGGCGGGUUCUCUGCUGCUGCCGCCGAGGUGGAUACAGCCCUUGGGAGGGCCCCACCUGCCUGCCUCACUGGGACCUGGUCCCUCCGAGAUGAUAACCACGCUGCCUUCCAGCCCGGCUGGCCGCCGAAGGAAGCCAAAUGAGAAUGUAAUUCUAUUUUCUGUACUAAUGAUGGGUCGGUUUGCAAUAAAUGCUCUGUGAUCUUUGGAGGUGCUCCAA